GUCAUGCACCUAAUUUCAUCUUUGUUUUAAGUUGUAAUUUUAACAUUGUCUAAAAUAAUAAAAAAUGAAAUUGUAUGUUAUAAUUUUGUUAUAAUGCAUUGUAUGCAUCAAAAUUAAGUGAAUUAAUCGCAUAUUAAGCAUGACCAGACUAUAAUAAAUUAUACAGAUCAAACUACUUUCUCGUCGACAUAACAAAGCGAUGCCGGAACACCUAGAAUUACAGCACCUUGUUGACCUAUCUGCUGGUAGCGGAGAUGAAACCCUACCGAAUCUACUCGAAAAUAAAAGACCGCUAAUAAAAAGAUGUCCAUAUUUGGGCCUUAUACUUGCAACACUCUCAUCGCUAUUCUUCUCAUUGUGCUCAGUAAUUGUUAAGAGUCUUGUAAAUAUUCAUCCGAUGCAGCUUGCAAUGUUCAGGUUCAUAGGAGUGUUACUACCAACAAUACCCAUAGUCAUUUACACUGAACAGCCUGUGUUCCCUGCAGGCAAACGUUUACUGCUCGCCUUACGAUCAAUUGUCGGCACGGUUGGGUUAAUGUUAAGUUUCUAUGCAUUCCGGAACAUGCCUUUAGCUGAUGCAUCUGUCAUAGUUUUCUCUGUACCAGUAUUUGUAGCCUUAUUUGCCCGUGUAUUUUUAAAGGAACCUUGUGGUAUUUGGAAUACGAUAUCUAUUAUAUUGACUCUAAUUGGUGUUAUUCUGAUAACUCAUCCACCAUUUCUCUUUGGAAAUGAGCCUGUUUCUGAUCAAAACGAAAAUUACAAUAGCUUAAGAGGCGCAGUUGCAGCUUUCAUUUCAACAAUAUUUGGGGCUAAUGCUUAUGUUCUACUAAGAGUUCUGAAAGGUCUGCAUUUCUCUGUAAUUAUGACAAAUUUUGGUGCUAUUGCUAUAUUACAAACAUUGUUUUACUCAUUUAUUUUUGGGGUAUUGUGUAUGCCGAAUUGUGGUACAGAAAGAUUUCUUGUUGUAUGCCUUGCUCUCUUUAGCUAUUUAGGACAGAUAUUAUUGACAAUGUCUUUACAAAUGGAGCAGGCGGGACCUGUAGCAAUUGCUCGUUCAGCAGACAUAGUAUUCGCAUUCUUAUGGCAAGUAAUGUUCUUCAAUGAGAUUCCAAGCAAAUAUUCAGUGUGUGGAGCCAUUUUAGUGUUAAGUUCAGUAAUGUUAGUGGGCCUGCGUAAAUGGGCUCUAGCUUUACCAACUGAUUCUCAGUUAAGGAGUAAACUAGGAGUACUGGCACGAUAAUUAGUAUAGUAUCAUACAUAACAUUUAUUAAUUCUCACUUCAACUUAUCACAGUGUACCUUAUUUUGUAGUGCAAUAUUGUAUUUCAUAGUUAUUUAUUAAACACUUUAAUUUAGUUUAUAAUUUAGUGUUAUAAAAAAAAUUAAAGUGUUUAAAUAAAAAGUAUUACUUAUGAGUGUAACUUAUUUACUCAUACAGCUUAAUAUAUUAAUAAGAAUGACACAAUAAUUAAUAAUAAUAUUAUUAAGUAAACCCUUCACACUAUAAGACUGUUAAGUAAGUCCACCUCUAACUUGUGUUGUGCCCUUUGCCUCACUAUUCACAUUGUGUUCCUAUUCAUUUCUAGUCAGUUUUGUAUUAUUGUAAUUUAAAAAAAAAUCUUAUUACAUUUCUAAGAUGUAUAAACUUAAAUAUCUGAUUGUUUUAAUUUUUAGGGCCCUGUUUUUAUAACAUUACUCUUGAAUUCACAUUGGAGUAUGGUAAAUUUUUAAUUAAUUAGAAUGAAAUCAUAGUAGGAAAUGAUUAUGUAGCUUAUAGAUUUAUACAAACCAAAUAAUCAAACUAGAAAUAGUGUAAAUUAUUUAUUAGAAACUUAUGUUUUUAUUCAAUUUCUCUUGAUAUAUAAAUUAAUAGUGUAAUAUUGUAUACAGCAACAACUGUAGUCAGGGUUCCAUUCUAUAUCAACCACAUGUUUUAAUAGUCUAGAAAAAAGAGAAUUAAAAAUUCACUUUUUUCACCUAGAAUGAGACUGACCAACAAAAUCUCACUUGUCUUUGGUAUUCUUUAUGUUAUAUAAAGCUAGUAUUGUUAAGUUUGUAAUUUUUUUCAAUUAAUUUAUUAACGUGUAAUACCUGUUUACAAUUAUAUCAUUGAAAUAUAUUAUAAAGCGUCUACAUAUGGCCCUAAAAUCGUUAACGAUAUUGGAGUUGUGGAGACCGCCCUAGAUCACUAUAUAUGUAAGGAAUUCUUCAAGCAGAAUAUUGGUAACAAUGGUGACUAUUUUCCUACACACAAAGUGAUCCAUUUUUUUAUUAUUAUUAUUAUAAUAAGGCAUAUAAUUACUCCGAUUUUGGAGAUAAGAAUAUGUAGACGCUUCUAAAGCCUGUCCCAAAACACUAUGCAUGUUAUGUUGGAAAAUUCAGUUGUUUGUUGCUUCUAUUGCGCUCCACCUAUUCACCUAUUUACAUAGCUAUGUUUUAAAGCUGUUUAAAUUUUAGUUGAGAUUUUUUACUGCAUUUGUACCAAUAACAAUACCUUGUUUAAGGUAUUUUAUGAAUUUGAAUCAAUGAUAAUAUCUUUGAUUUUGUAAGUUAUUAAUAAAUACUAAAGUUAUCUAGUCAUAUAAAAAUUAAUAGGCGUUUAAUUUUUAUACACAUUCAAUCUGUUCAUAAACAUUAUUUAUUUAAUUUUAAAAUUAUCACAAUGAAAA